AUGGUUCGCCGAGCAAGAAAGUUCAAGCAUCGAGACGAUGGAGUGCGGAUCUUCGCCGCAAGCCUGAAAGACAUUGAGAAGGCAUUGACUCCGAGGAAGAAGUCAGACCCGAGAGAGAAGCUGCCCCGUCACUACCACGAGUACCUAUCCGUCUUCGACCGCGACCAAGCGGACCAACUCCCACCGCGUCAACCGCCGUGGGGACCAUUGUACGGCAUGUCACGAGAAGAGCUCAUUGUUCUGCGAAAGACUCUCACUGAGCUACUCGACAAGGGUUUCAUUCGAGCAAGUAGUUCUCCAGCGUCAGCACCAGUUUUGUUCAAAGACCGAUAUCCCUUGCCGUUGAUCGAGGAAACUUUGCGGUCGCUGUCCAAGGCCAAGUGGCUCACCAAACUUGACGUUAUCGCAGCAUUUCACAAGAUUCGCGUCGAGGAGGAGACGAGUGGAAGACAGCAUUCAGAACACCGUUACAUAAACCACACGUUGCGAGAUUUCCUCGACGAGUUCUGUUCCGCUUACAUUGACGACAUCUUGAUCUACUCGAGCGAUGCAGGCCUGCAGAUUGAUAUCGACAAGUGUGACUUUGAGGCAAAGAGUGUCAAGUACCUGGGCUUCAUCGUCGAAGCCGGGAAAGGUAUCCGCGUGGACCCGGAGAAGGUGCAGGCAAUUCAGCAGUGGCAGCGACCCCGUUCUGUCAAAGGCGUCAGAAGCUUUCUGGGGUUUGCCAACUAUUACCGGCAAUUCAUUCCCAGAUUCUCCAACAUCGCCGCGCCUCUAACGGCGUUAACAAAGAAGGAUGCGGUGUUUGCGUGGUCGAAGGAAGAGACGAUUGUGGAGACGGAUUCAUCCGGUUAUGUCACAGGAGGGGCGCUCUCGCAAAAGGGCGAUGACGGCAUCAUGCGGCCUGUGGCCUUCUUCUCAAAGAAAAACGCACCGGCGGAGUGCAACUACCCAAUCCACGAUAAAGAGCUGCUGAAGCAGCAACUGAGUGAACGUCAGGCGCGAUGGGCUGAGACGCUAUCGCGGUACAGCUUCACCAUCAAGCAUCGACCGGGCAAAGAAGCCGUCGUACCGGACACGCUGUCUCGACGAGAACAGGACAUGCCGCACAGCGCCGAAGAUGAUCGGUUGCAAGGACGACGUGUUCAGCUGCUGCAACGUAACAAGGGUGGCCUGGUGACAAAAGUCAAGAGCGGUUAUGUCACCAAGGGCGACACGGAUCAACCCGAUGACGCAACAACUGACCAAGACGACUCAAUCGAAAACCCUUUCUCGGACCCGGAACUGCAGAAGUUAUGGGACGAAGGUGUCAAGAAGCACAAUCGUUAUUGGCUCAUCCGAAAGGCCCGAAUUUGGGUGCCGAACCACGAACCCCUGCGACACCCCGGACGGGACAUGCUGAAGUCCUUGUUGAGCCGCAAGUUUUAUUGGCCAGGCCUCGAUUCAGACCCGCUACCUAUUCCAGACAGGAUCUGGUCGGAGCUGUCAAUUGACUUUGUGACAGACCUGCCACCAACCAAGUCGAACGGUUCGACCAACCUUAUGGUCGUGACGGACAGACUGUCCAAAAGUGUCGUUCUUGAGUCAUUGAAGGACAUCACGGCCGAGACGACGGCCAGAGCAUUGCUACGGAACGUGGUGCAACACCAUGGCGUGCCGCGCGCGAUCGAUAACUGGGAAGAGCUGUUGCCAGCGGCCAUGAUGGCCAUCAACAAUCACAACUCGACGUCGACAGGCCUGAGCCCGUUCUUUAUCACGCAUGGGUAUCAUGUUGACCCGAUACAAGUCAAGGAGAAGUUACGGACGGACGGAAGGUCCCCAGUGACCAGGGCUGAAAGCAUUGUGCAACGAUUUCGAGAGGCAACGGAAUGGGCCCAGGCGGCAAUUGCGUCAGCGCAAGAGCAGCAAGAGAAGAACGCCAAUUCGCGAAGACAGCCGUCAGACCAGUUCAAGCCUGGAGACAAGGUAUGGCUGCGACUUCGCAACAUCCGAUCCAAUCGGCCAUCCAAGAAGCUCGAUUGGCUGUCGGCCAAGUACACCGUCCUGGAGACCAUUGGGUCACACGCGUGCAGGCUGGACACGCCUCCGGGAAUACACAACGUGUUCCACACGUCGGAUGACUACCGCCCACCGGCCAUUUUGACGGACGAUGGCGAGCUGUGGGAAGUGGAAGAGAUUCUGGACAGGAAGAAAGUCGGGAGAGUGGAAAGUGUUGGUGAAAUGGGUAUGAAGAAGUUCAUGGGAAAGUUGGAUCGAAACCACCCCAAUCGAAACUAUCGAAACGGGGAGGAAGGAGGGGUUAUUGUAACGGGCUGA